AUGCAACCACUCUCCCAUCUCAACCCGCUCCUCGAUGCCAAGUCGCUCAACAUCCUUCCCUUCAAGCGACCAGGCAUCGACAAAUGUGUCAGCGCCAACAUGCCAUCACCCAGCGUUCCAAGCAAGCGACGCACACCACCCUCCUCCUCAACCUUCGCACAGCCACAAGCAUCCACCAGCACAGCCGCAGGACCAUCAUCUUCCAGAUCCGCAUCCGCAUCGACCUCGGUAGCGACCGCCUCAAAUAGACCGCUCAAGAAGAAGGUUGCCUCGUCCAACGACGAUAGCGUCGCCGCACGUCUGCAGCCAAAGCUCUCGCAGUCCUCGUGGCGCAGGACCAAAUCGUAUCAGCACGUCGAUCUCAGCGGGCCAACUCGCCGCACUGUGCUCGAAUGGCUGCCUCGCGAAGUCGUUUUCAUGGUUCUCCACCUGCUUUCGUUCCGCGACAUACAAAGCCUGCUCCGCGCCGACAAGCGGAUACGACCGCUGAUUCAUGCAAAAACCUUUUGUCCAUGGCGGAAGCUCCUCGCCUCCUUUCUGCACUGCGAGCGGCUCUAUGACGAAACGAUCGCGCUCGAGGAAGAGUCCAUGUUUGACGGCAACGAUAAUGAUAGCAACCACGGUGACGACGACGCAGAGACGACUCGAGAUGCUGCACAGGCCGACGCUCGACCAAAUGGAGGCAAUGCUGCACAGGCGACGAAUGCAAACCAGGUGCAGAUCGAGCAAAACUUCAUACAGGCAUACAAAGAUCUCGUCGGCUGCUUACAGCUCAAAGCAGCUCCCAUCGACCUCCUCGAACUCGUACCGUGCCUCACAAGGUUGUGGCACGACCACGUCUCGUUCCCUCUCAUCCGCAAAUGGUGCCGUGACUUUGUCGUUGGCCGUGUCACCGCAGACCACCUCUUCGCCGAUGUCGACCACGUCAUCGCUGUCGAGGUGCUCUGCAGUGUCCGUCUUUAUCUGGCCGUCGUGCGCAUAUCGCGUGCCUUCUCGCAGAACACGCCCCCCAUUCAGUCCGUCCGCGUCCUCGACUACGAUUGCCGCACCGCCAUCAACACCUUCUUCCAACCGGACCGCAUACUGCCAGCACCCGGCUCAACCCUCACCUUUCAACUCACACAUGAGCAAGAUAGAUUCGUGCGCCGAGACGUGCGUCCGGGAGAGCUUGUGAAAGUUCAGGCAUUCGCAGGCACAGGCAAGACAAGAUCGCUCCUCGCAUAUGCUGAACGCCGCCCCAACAAGCGCUUUCUCUACAUCGCCUUCAAUAAGGCGGCAGCCGAAGAAGCGCGGCGUCGCUUCCCUGACCAUGUUCAGUGCCGCACGAUGCAUUCGGUGGCUCUCUGCCAGGUCGUGCGUACCGCUGGCCAAGAGAUUGGUGAUCUCCGAGCACGAGACGUGGUACAGCUGCUAGGCGAGAGCCUCCCCGAAGGACAGCUGAUCCGUGCCCAAGCCAUGGCGACGCAGACUGGUCGCGACCAUCGCCUCACUCCUACUGCCGUCGCCACCUAUGUGCUUGCCACCCUUCAACGCUUUUUCUACUCGGACGACGCUACCAUCAUUCCCGACCGCCACGUGCCGAGCAAAGUAGCUACCGACACCGACCUCAAGAUUCGAGCCGUGGCAAGAUGCGCGCAGGAGCUGUGGGACUUCAUUCGAGAAGGCUCCCCAGAUCGCAACGGCAAGUCGGUCAAAUGUCCGCACGAUGCCUACGUCAAGCUGCUGCAGCUGCAAGCACCCCAUCACUCGGAGAAUUUCUUCAGGGCUUUCGACGUUCUUUUGCUCGACGAAGCGCAGGACUUGUCAGCAGCACAGGUGUCGAUCCUGCUGCGGGCCAAGAAGCACUGCGGCAUUCUCAUCGUCGGUGACGUCUUUCAGAAGAUUUACGGCUUUCGCGGCGGCACCGCCAAGGCAUUCAACGAGCGUCUCUAUCCGUCUUCGGCUCAUUUCCAGCUCACCAAGAGUUUUCGCUUCGGAGACGCCGUUGCCAAGAUCGCUACAGAGAUGCUCGGUCUUCGCAAGCCUGCGCCUUGGGAGCGCGCAGCCGCCAAGCCUGUCCUCACUGGCGCGCUCGGCAUGGCGGAUCGCGUCUAUGCCGAGGCCAAUGUGUUCCGCUACCAGCUCGAGCCGCCACCAUCGAUGGAGCCGACUCCACCUACACAGCAACAGGAAGGGCGUCCUAACGGAAUAUCGACAGACGCGGAGGCUUCACAGGGUGCAAAUUCAACGAACGGUGCAGCAACACUGGCUGGCGAGCUUCAGGACCAGAUGGGAGAGGGGCGACAAGCGGUGGCUCAGCAAGUCGGCUCUGUCGGUCGCAUUGGUCGCAGCGACGAGAUCAUUCGCCACACGCGCAUCUUUCGCACCAAUCGAAAGCUCUGUCUGACCGCCCUCGCCUUGUCUGCUUCGCUUCCGCAACCACACAAGAUCUUCCUCAAGACGAGUCAGUCGUUGCAGCCCGACGCGGUCGUGACGUUGCUCCGCGAUGCGCACAUCCUCUACCAUAACGACUCGAGGUCCAUGUCGCGCAACUCGCUGCUGCGAGACUUUGCCAGCUGGAAAGAUCUCGUGCAACGUGUGGAGGCAGAGGGGGGAGGUGAGAGCAAGCUGAGUCUGGCUGUAGCCCUAGGCGGCCUCCUGGCAAGUUCUGACUUUCUCGACCAGGUUUCCACGCUGGAGACGCGCUUCGCCGACACAGAGGAAGAAGCGACCGUGAUUUUGACCACGGUCCAUCAAGCCAAAGGUCUGGAGUGGGACUGCGUCUAUGUAGAAGACGACUUUCGACCGGUCUUUGGCAGCGAUAGGACGCAAAGGGUCGAAGUGUCGAGUUACUGGCAUCAGGACGAGCUCAACCAUCUCUACGUAGCAUUGACGCGAGCCAAGCGCCAGCUGGUGGUGUCCAAGGUGGUGCUCCAGUGGAUCGCUGCGAUGCGCGGGCUGUACCGGUACAGACUGCUGACGAGCAACAGCAACACCAGCCUGGGCAAGACAGGGCUGUGUCCUCAUUGCAAAGCGUCCAAACACCCUCUCGUGGUCAAGGAGUAUCGGCUGGCAUGCUUCGACUUUUUGAACCCACGAUGCAACGAGCGCGCCAAUUUAUCACAGAACGGGCAGCCCCACACCGAGAACGCCGCCGCCAGCGCAUCUGCGACCAAAGCAACUUCGUCUGCCACAUCGAAGGACGCUCCACCGCUCACACAAGUCAUCGGCUGCACCGGCUGCCUCUCGGACCCCACCUCGGCCGUCCACAUGGACUCGCUCGUCGAUCCCGAUCUGGCACUCUUCGUCGCCACGGCUCCCAAGAUCACGCGUCAGCGGCCACACGGUCCCAAGCAGCCGGACGGCGACACCACGACAAGUGAGAAGUCGAAGCCGACAGCCAUGGCGCCACCAGCAGCGUUCAAGAUGGACGUUGCGAAGCAUGCAUUCCUCAAAGCUGACCAUCGGUCGAUGAAGUGGGCCAUCAUGCAUCACGAGUACAAGCGGGCGGUCAAUAGCUGGUUCAACGAUGAGUGA